AUGUCUUGUUGUGUCCAUCAGGCGAAUCAAGAAGUCUUAAGAAGUUGUCAAUCAAGUGAUAGCUCAGUGGCGACGAAGUCGCUGACCAGUUGUCCGGCUAUUGGUUGGACACAAACAGACAUUAUAUCCGCCGAAAGACACGCCAUCCGUGUCUUUCGUUUGAAAUUUGGCGCCAUUUGUGUCACUUGUUUACCAAAUCUAUGGCAAAGAACCAAACACACCAUUCACUCGCGGAUAUGUGUCUCGAUUGAGCGCCCGAUAGGUCUUCAGCAGACAAUGAGUGACAACAACAGCGUUGGCAGCAGCGGAUCCGACGCGAGCGACACCUCUGCCGUUAACUUCUUCGAGUUGAUCCCCAACGAGAUAAUCGAGACGAUUGUGAGCCAACGCGCGGUCCGCUACGAAGACUUGUGCCGAUUGUCACGUGUGUCCAAACGGUUCCGCGAUGUGAUCGACCGGAACGGCGAUCUGUGGCGCAAGAAGUUUCGCCACCAGUGGCCGCAACUGUGGCCCCAAUUGUGGCCCAAGACUUGCCGCAAUCGGCCCGAAGACAUGCCCUCAGCUAUCGUCGAUUGGCACGGAUUGGUGGCCGACCGGCACCUCAUCGGCCGACACGUGCGCCGCGAGGUCUGCAGACUCGGCGAAGACCACUACUCGGACGAAGAGCUGUCCAACGAGUCGUUCAAAGCGUUCCUCCACUACAACGACGACAACUCCCGCAGACAUUGUCCGCAACUGACCACUCAUUUGACGAAUUUGUUUCAAAUCAAUGAAUUGGAAGUACUGUUAGGCGAUGGCGACGACCGCAAGAACCUCACCGUUAAGUACUAUUCGCUGAAAGUGUUACGGUUUCUGAGGCACCACUCCCUCAAGAGACAGUGGAUCCAAUACAUGGCCAGCGAUGUCGAGUCGCGGGACUACUUCUACGGCUCACUCAUGAUCUCGUCGUGGUUUCAGUUGAAUAAGACGGUCAAUGAGGACCACUAUAGGCGUCAGAUUGAGUUGAUGUCGCAGAUGACUGUGGAUGAGGUUGUGCUGAAGUACCCGACGAACGCCAUUAUCCGAGACAAUGGCGCCCAAUGCCUGUCCGACUCGGAGGCCAACGCGUUGAAUGAGUCGAAGUGGUGCUCAAAGGACUGCAAACAGAUCCUGUUUUGUAUGAAUGAAGUGCUGUUCAGUCAAUUGGGUUUCGUGUCCAACGACGAGGACUAUUACGAUAUGAACAACUCGUUUAUGGAUAAAGUCAUCGAUAAUCGACUCGGGAUUCCCAUCACGUAUUGCAUUCUCUAUCAGACGAUUGCCGCCAAACUCGGCGUUAAGACGUUUGGCGUCAACUUUCCGCACCAUUUCAUUCUCAAGUGGAAACAAUUCGACCACGAAAGCGAGUCCAACCGGUGGGCGUAUAUCGAUGUCUACCGGAGCGGUCAGUUGUUGAGCCCCUCGUCCUCUCUGUUCCAGAACCACAGCGACGUCGACGUCGAGUGUCUGGCCGUCUGUACCCCUCGGGAGGUGUUCUGUCGGAUGUGUCGUAACCUCGUGGAGAUCGGUCGCCAGCAGGAGAUCUCGUCGGAGGGACUCAUAUGUCUGCGCAAUGCGCUGGAGUUGCUGUGCAUACUGGCGCCCGACGAGAACGAGCCGCAGCUCCUGUUGUCCAGAGUUUACUUGCAUUUGAACAUCAAUUUAGAGGACGUGAACGAAAUGCUGCAGAAGAUCAGCGAAAGGGAUCCCAAUUCGAUAGGUGUGGUGAUGUUCUUGAGGCAGUCGGUCACCAGUCAACUGUCCGCUAAGCGAAACGGCGGCGCAACCGCUCGCAAGACGUGCGCGAAGAGGCGUAAGGAUAACAAUGACAUCAAAUACGCCGUCGGAAUGAUUAUGUCUCACAUUAAGUAUAACUACCGGUGCGUUAUAUACGGGUGGGACUCGAAGUGCGCGGCCAGUAGGGACUGGAUCUAUCAGAUGGGAGUGUAUAACCUCCCGAAUAAGGAUAAGCAGCCCUUCUAUAACGUGUUGGUGGAGGACGGGUCGACCCGUUACGCCGCUCAGGAGAACCUGGAGCCCUGCGCCGAGCCCCUAGAGGUGCGGCACCCGGAGAUUGGGAAGUACUUUAAGGAGUUCGCCGACACUCACUACAAACCCAACGAACAAAAGGCUGAGGAAUACCCGGACGACGAGGAGGCGAUCGACAUCAUUUGUCGGGUGUUUCUCAUUGUAUUGAUACUACCCUUCAGUAAUGCAUUUAUGGAGAACUUUGGCAAUGUUUUCGGCCAAAUGGGCGACUCGUUGAAUGGGUUUGUGGACAGUCUGUACAAUAACGUGGACUCCUGGGCCGACCAUAUCAUACAGCACGCCAAGGAUGAGGAUUGUCAACAUAUCUGUCCACACAUGAAGACCCCGGUGCAAAACAAGUCGUUUGAAUUUAUCCCAAAAGGAUGUAAAACUUUCGGCAUUAAGGUUGACAAUCACUUCCAGAAUAUUCCUAUCAAAGAGUCGGACCUUCCGAUCAAAGAGAUGGGUAACUGUUGUAAUGAACACCAGAAGUGUUACCAUAAGUGCGGAUCAGUUAAGAACGACUGCGACGACCAGUUGAACGAGUGUUUCAUGAAGAAGUGCAAAGAGACUCAGAAAGAGGACACACUUCUUAAGGGGUGUCGAACGGCUACUAAGCUAUUAAUGAUGAGUUUCCUGACGUUUGGCUGCAAGAGCUUCAAAGACGCCCAGAAGGAGGCCUGUGUCUGUCUGGCCAGCGAUGAGCUGUAGUUCCCAUUCACACCAAAUAAAAAGUAUUCCUAUAUUUUUGGAACCCCUGACCGCCAAACACAUAACUUUGUUAGAGCGCCUGUAGUUUUAUGAUUAGAUUUUAAAUGUUUUAAUUAAUAUUAUCAGUGGUGU